AUGGGUACUAUUCGACAACCUGCAACGCUCACAGUGGUCGUUUCGUUAGCUCUUGUGGCCGCCAUUCUCGCGACACCAGCAGCGGCUCACAACUUCUGCUUCUACGAGUGCUCCGUCUUCGCCAACGCGCCGUCGGACUGCCUUCGCACGUGGUACAUCUACAGCGAAACAGACUUCUGCGACUCCGAUCACAAAUUCGACAGCGUGUUGCGAGUCACAGACCUCGACGGGUUACCCUCUUUCGCUAACUCCUCAGAGUGCGAAGGAUUGAGCAGCGCGCAGGUGUACGGUCAACUGGCGAACACCACGCAGCACGGAGAUGGAACCCUGGAGGUGCUCGGCGAGAAGGACUAUAACGAGGCAGCGUACGACGAGUACGUGGGGUGGAUGGGCGCGGGGCGAGAGCAGUCCAAGUGCAUCAAGUGGUCGCCCGGCGCGGAGACCUACGGCAGCUGGGUGAGCGACGACGCGGGCGUGCCGGUGUACCUGUCGUGCUGGGAGCGCCUUUCGUGCUCCAACGCCUUCGGCUUCGAC